UAUACUUCAAUAAAUCUUAAAACGUACAUAGAUGCUAUUUACUUGUGAUCCUCUUGAACACGGACACACAGCAGCGAGUGUUUUAUGGAAUAUUUUAUCUGACUCAUCUACUCUUAACCAUUUAAACAAAAGGGUUUUACGAUACACUCGGAAUAGCAAAUGGCGACUGGUUCGUUUCCUACAGUUGAGAAACGUUCGCCUAUGGUUGAAGGCUUUUGUUCCACAUCGUUGGAAGAGCGGAAUUUCGAGGAAUAUGCAGACAUGUAUUGUGAGACAUCUACAGUCUCUAAUAAAGAGCAUACAACUUUUGGAAGGGGAGAUAUUCAGAAAUGGUCAGGUUUAAAGGAAGCGGAAGACUUUAUACGGAAGUGUUUCGUUCACAAGGAUAAAACACUGACACUGUUUUGCAAUGACCACAUUCAGCUAUGUUGCUCCUAUUGUGUUGAAACAAAUCACAGUCAGUGCAGUAAAGUGACUCCGAUUGAUGAGCUGAGCAACAUGCAGUCCACAGACCUACAAGGACUGUCAGUGGAGCUGGAAACUGUUCUGGGAAAAAUCAAGAGCCUGAUGAUCACUCAGGAGGCCAGUGUCCAGUCAUUGCAGGCGACUUUCAAGGAACAUGAAGCAUUCCUGAUAGACCAAAUGCUAGUCAAAAUAAAUACUGCUAUAUAUGAAUCUGAUAUUAUUUCUGUGAGCAUGUCUGAUGAAAAUGAGCAAUAUAUUAGAGAAGAAAUGUGUUCAAGUGUACUUUCUAUCUUGAAUGCAUUCGAUAAAAGCAGUGUGAAUGAACUGAUCGAAAUGAAAGAGGAAGUUACAAGCCUUAAAGAGUCCAUAACAUAUUCCAUUAAUAAAUGCACUGACAUUCAGAAUGCAUUGACACAAUAUUGUGAUAUCACGAAGACAAUUGGGAGUAAUAAGGAGCUGUGUUUUAUACUCAGAAUAAAAAGUCAGCUCAAAAUACGACAGGCAUUAAGUGUGCUUGGCAAAUUAGACCAUGUGCUCACUGUCACAGGGAAGUCUGCGCACAAUACUGUUACCAUACCAAGUGAUUCAACCUUCUGCAUUAUUGAAGGCUUAUGUGUUCUUCCAGAUGGAGAGAUCCUGGUUGUAGACAGCCAAAAUAAGAAAGUCAAGCUGCUGAACCAGCAGUACCAGGUGGUGAGUCACUUGGAUGUGCCUACUUGUCAUUUGGCUAUAUGCCAAAUCACACCCAAUAGGGUUGCAGUAGCUAUGGAUGAUAAUAUCAAAACACAUGAGGUCCAGUUUAUCACAGUAUUUCAGAGCCAGCUUGUGGCAGGCAGGAAGUUUCAGUUACAACAUGACUGUUUUGGUAUAGCUCAUCACCAGGGAGACCUGUACAUUGCCGGUGGUACUGCACUGUACAAGUACACACUUGGUGGGAAACUUGUCAGCAGACUGUACCAGGAAAGAACACGUAAACAGUAUGUAAUGCAAUGUGUGGUGAGUCCGACAGGGGACAAGCUGUACAUUUCCAACAGGUACAUGCCCAGGAUCAUCACCUUGACAAGGGAUGGAACGGUCCUGGCUAUCUUCAAAGACCCAGACUUUGGAUACCGAUGUAAUGUAAAUGUGACUCCUGCAGGCCAGGUGCUAGUCUGCCUGACCUGCUCUAUAAUACAGGUGGACAGUGAAGGGAGGAGAAAGCUGGCCACUCUUGCUAAACCGGAGACGAAUGAAGGAGUAUGGCAAUUAAGAUCAGUUUGCUACAGCAGCACCGCAUCCUCCAUUAUUGUUGGACCCGGAGACGAAAUCUUGGUAUUCAAAGUGGAAUAGUGUGUACAUGUAUAUCAUAUUUUUUAAACGUGUUUGAUAUUUGAAUGAACUAGUUUUGUUGAGCAUCAUAACAUUUUAGCGUGUGAUUUUACAAUACAAAAUUGUGUGCGUAGUUGCAGAUACCGGACAGUUUGCCUAGUGAACUCUAAAGAAGUCACAUAUUUAGUCGAAUCUUUAUGAAACUUGGUUAAAACAUUUGUUUUAAUGAUUCCUGGGCCGAAUUCGAAAAUAGUUGUUGUUCAUUACAAAAUCAUAGCCGGCAGGGGGCGGGGCAGUUUUCCUUAUAUGGCUAUAGUGAAACCUUGUAAACACUUUAGAAAUCACAUUUUUACUAAAAUCUGUAUGCAAUUUGAUCAGAGCGUGUGGUCUCAAACCGGUUAAACGAAGCUUAUUCAUUGUUUCAGUUUAAUGACUUGAUUUUGACGAAACUUGGUCGGAAUGUUUUUUUUUUACGAUAUGUAGGCAAUGUUCAAAUCUGGGUCACGUGCGCCAGAAAAUAGAUCACAUUGUUUAAUUUCACGAAAACCCUUGCGAAUACCUUAGAGGCCAUAUUUAUGACUCAAUCUUGAUGAAAUGUUAUUUUUGACAUUCCUAGGCAAAGUAAUGUAGGUCCAAAAACUAGACAGUAGAGGCCACAAUUAUUGUUCAAUCUUCAUGAAAUUUGAUAAGAAGGUUUGUCUUAAUGAUAUCUUGGACGAGUUCGAAAAUGGUUACGGCUGCCUGAAAAACAUGGCCGCCAGGAGGCGGGACAUUUUUUUCUGGUAUGUCUAUAGUAAAACCUUGUUAACACUCUAGAAGCCACAUUUAUUGUCCGAUCUUCAUGAAACUUAGUCAGAGGAUAAUUCCCAAUUAUAUCUUGGACAAGUUGGAAAAUGAUUCCGGUGCGUUGAAAAACAUGGCCCCCGGGGAUGGGCGGCAUUUUUCCUUAUUUGGCCUUGUUAACACUCUAGAGACCACAUUUAUUGGUCCAUCUUCAUGAAACUUGGUCAGAAGAUUUGUCUCAAUGAUGUCUUGGACGAGUUUGAAAAUGGUUUUGGUUGGUUAAAAAACAUUGCUGCCAGGGACCGGGGCUUUUUUCCGAAUAUGGCUUUAGUAAAAACUUGUUAACACUAUAAAAGUCACAUUCAUUGUCCAAUCUUCAUGAAAAUUGAUCAGAACAUUUGUUAUAAUGAUAUCUUGGAUCAUUUCGAAAAUAGUUCUGGUGUGUUGAAAAACAUCGACGCCAAGGGUCAGGAAAUUUAUCCUUAUAUGGCUCUAGUAAAUAUGCAUUUGCACACUAAAAGUUACAUUUAUUGUUCACUCAUUUUAAAACUCGGUCAGGACAUUUUGGUCCGAGAGCCCACUGGUGUUUAUUGCAAGUUUUGAGGCCUAGACUUGUUUUUAUAUAUUUGAAAAGGGUAUUUUAUAUCCUUCCAGAAAACCCAUUUCUUAAGUGUCACAGCCGUGCAUAUCUAUGAUUUUUUUGGUAAAAUCACUCAAAAUCGAACGUUUUCCUGCUGAUUUCUGGAAUAAUUAAAUAAAUAGACAUUUUCAGUCAUGGGAAUUCAACCAGGGUUUCAGUUUUGGGGUAUUAAAUAGGUAUCAGGAACCUUUCUGAUAAUUCAGUAAAAAAAUAAUUGUCCAUGUAUUUUUUUUAAACCACAAAAUUUUGCAAUUUGUUGGCAGAAUUUGCCCAUUUUUCACGUUUUAAUUCUGCGAAUUCUUUUUACCAAGUUAACAGUUUCCAACAUAUUUGUAUAAUUAGUGUUUUUAAAACACACAUAUGGCUUCCUUGUUUCAUUCCAACAACGACUAUUUUUAAUCACCAUCUAUUAGCGAUUUUGGAGGGAAAUGAAUAAAGUCACACACACAACUGCUUAUUUCUGGAAUAAUUUUAUUUAAUUAGAUUUAUAAGACAUGUGAUCAUUAUAAUAAUCAAAUAUUGUUUGCAUAUAUGCAAUAGCAUAUAAGAUAACUCUAAUCAAACAACAAUGCCAUGAUCGCAGCGUGAUUUGGGCUUAAACCCAUAAUUGUUUACAGUUUAUGUAGGUUAAAAACCACUAAAUUGUCACUAUUUUAGCUGUUUUAGUCCAUUUUUCAUGUUUAAGUUACUCGAAUUUUUACUCUACUGAAAUAAUGCUCAACAUAGUUGUCUAACUAUUGUAUUAAAACACAUAAAAUGGUCUCCUGAUUUAAUUGAAACAUGAACCUUUUUGAAUUACGACUUUUAGUGAGAUUUCAGGAACAAAAUACGAAAUCAAACACAAAACUGCUGAUUUCUGAAAAUUUUGAUAAAGUUAGAUUUAUUAGACAUGUGAUCACGAUAAUAAUAUACACUGUUUGUCUUUGUACAAAUGCGUAUAACAUAGCUCAAAACAAACCAUUCACGUGAGUACAGUGUACGUGUAGGUUUAAAACAACUUAAUUUUCAAACUUUUCUUGCUUUUUGAGUUAUUUCACCAGAUUUAUUUGUGCGGUUUUCAUACAACCAUUGAAGAUGUCGAUAUCUAUCUGCUAACAUUUUAAAUGAUCUUACAUUGCUUAAAUACACGCUAUAACAUUUUCAAUUUAAAACUAAUCUAAUGUAUUGAUAUUAGUGUUAAUAGGUUGAAAAAGGACCAAUUGGUCCUUUUCACGACUUUCUUGAUUUAUUAUAAUACUUUGUAACGGAACGCAAAAAUAUGUACUAUAUUUUAUACAUUUACAAAAUCAUUAUAACAAAACAUCUACUAACAUUUGAUGACACACAACUGUAACAUGUAACACAAUUUUGCAUGAAAAUCAAACAAUGAUUAAAUUUUAUCUAUACAUUAAACAUAAUUUAUAUACAUAAUAAAUUAUUUUAUUUCAUACAUGUGCUGGUUUUCAUGUACACACAUCUACUAGUAUUUAUCACGCACAAUUCUUAUCAAUUUAAAAAUUAGUAUAACUACGUAAACCUUCAAUAAAUAUUAACUUUUUAACAACAUUUCACAUGAAAAUCAAACAAUUAUUGUCCCCUACCGGUGCAACUUAUGGUUUGCGCUCUGUUUGUCGGUCAGUCUGUCACACUUUUCAAGAUCAUGCGAUAACUUUAAAAGUUCUUCACGUUUUUUUUUCAUGAAACUUGAAACAUGGAUAGAUGGCAAUCUGCAGCUUGUGCAUGUCAUUUCAUUUUGUUCCUACGUCAAUAAUUACGGUUGCUAUGACAACACAUAGACUAUAAAUAUUACUGAAAAUAGUGGAUCCUGCGAUAACUUUAAAAGUUCUUCAUAUUUUUUUAUGAAACUUGAAACAUGGAUAGAUGGCAAUAUGGAGAGUAUGCACAUUACUUUAUUUUGUUCCUACGUCAAGAACUCUGAUUGCUAUGGCAACAAAUAUACUAGAACUAUUGCUGAAAUGGUGGAAUUUCACCGGUAGAAGACUUGUAUUGCUUGGCAAUAGUCUUGUUAAAUUUCAUCUAGGCAAUAAACAUACUUUGCACACUCAAUAAAUUAUCAUAUUUUAUACACGUACUGUUUUUGUAUGUACACACAUUAUAGCAUUUAUCACGCACACUUCUUAUCAAUAUGAACAAUAGUUUAACUAUGUACACUUUCAAUAAAUAUUAAUUUUUAACAACAUUUGACAUAACAAUCAAACAAUUAUUUAAUUUCAUCUAGACAUUAAACAUACUUUGUAUGCAUAAUAAAUUAUCAUACUUUAUACAUGUACUGUUUGUUAUGUACACACAUCUACUAGCAUGUAUCACGCACAAUUCUUUUUAAUAUGAACAAUACUUUAACUACGUAUACUUUCAAUAAAUAUUAACUGUUUAACAAAAAUGUAUUUACAUACUAAAUAAUGACGAACAUUAUUGUCAUGCGGCCUUAUAAUGUACUAAGUUUGUGUAAAUCAUUAAUCUAUCACAUGACUCAAAUGAAUGGUUGGACGAUGAUGACUACUCUAAGUUGAAGUGGUUUUCUGGACCACAAUUACCUACAGAAAUUGAACGUGUUUAUAGUCUAUUUGUUGCCAUUGCAACCAGAAUUCUUGACGUAGGAACAAAAUGAAAUGACGUUAAUAAGCUCCAUAUUGCAAUCUCAUGUGAAAUGUUGUUAAAAUAUGUUAAAUCAUGUAUUGGUUUGGAAACUAUUAACGCUUUUUUACACAAGACAGAUCAAUUAAUAUUCCGGACCUUAAAGUUUAAAGUGGUUCAGUAUUGGUUUAAAUCAUGUAAAUCACUUUUAAUGAAUUCCCUGAAUGUAAACAAGAUGGAGUUAUACAAUACAGUAUGUAUAUAUUAAGUAAAAUUAUAGAAUUGUGGCUGAGCUAAAUUUGUAACAUUUCUGAUAACUUAAACCCAUCCUUCACAUGUCGUUAUACAUUUUCAGUAUGCAAUUAUGUUCAGCAUUUUAAUGCGAAUCAAAGAAAAUAAAUAUUUCACGCACAAUAUAGACACGACCCAACACUCUCUUGUUGGAAAAUGAUGGCUGAGGUGUUCAAACGUAACCUGACCUUACUCCAAAGGUCAGUUUCCGGAUGAAAAAUGCGAUCAUUGUCCCAGGUUAACAUUUAAUGUAAAGCGCUCUGAAAAUGAUCAUGCAACAUAUUGAUCGUUAUUUAUAAUGCAAUUUUCAAAUAACGAUGGUGUGUCGAGCACAAAACUUAGCAUAAGAUAACGGUCAGACUAGACAGCAACAACUUUAGCCUGUCUAUAAAUGAGUAUAUACAGAUGUUAUUAAUAAUUCAUGAUUGGCUACAUUAACCCUUUCAGUGCGGGAACCGAAUAUUAAAGGCCUUUGCAAACAGUUUGGAUCCAGAUGAGACGCCACAGAACGUGGCGUCUCAUCAGGAUCCAAACUGUUUCCUAUUCUGAUAGUAUUCUUUGGAAAAAAAUCGAAGAAAAUGCUAAUUUUAGAAAUUCAGCAGACGACAUUUUAGCAGACGACACAUUUCCCAGCAUGCAAAGGGUUAAGCAUUUGCUACGGAUUUCAAAGGAAUAUUCAUAAGGGCCAUGUUAAAUAUGUGUAUAAUACCUUUAUUGUUGCAAACAGAGAUAACGUUUAAUAAUUGGCAGUAUUUAUCUUUUUAUUCGCAAAAAUUUAACAUUGCAUUUGUGGUGAGUGGGCCUAUUAUGGAUUAUUGAACCCGCGAUACAACAUAAAUAAAUCAAACUUUGGGUCUGCUUCGUUCAGAGUCGUCGGAGCUGGGGCGUCAGGGGCGGCGGCCGCCGCCCCAAUUUUUUUUGCAAAAAUGAAAUUUCGGCAAAUACCUUUUUUCAUUUUUUUUAUUAGUUCAAUACCCGUACAUUUCAAAAUAUUUUACCAUGAAGCAAGAUUAUCAGGCUUUCGCAGUUAUGACACGUGUUUUGUUGAUUGUUAUCGCCCGCCCGCGGUAAUGUACGUGUUAGUUAUGUUGCUAAUUGAUCGGUCUCUUUUAUUACGAUGAUCCCUUUACUCCAAGUCGCAAAUGAAUUUGUCCAGUAUAAGGAAACACGGAUGUCUACAUUUGGAAAAUUUUAAGUGUGAUGACCUGGUACCUAUAUGGUUGACGGUUAGUGUUCAGUAUUAAAUGUUAAAAUUACCUUGUGUACCUGUAUGGUUGCCGGUCAGUUUGAAAGUAAAAAACAACACUAUAUAGGCAAAUUACCAUAAUUGAUUGCGAUAGCGUUCACAUUCGCUUGUCUUGUGAUAUUAUAGUGUAUGUUUCGUGCGAUAUUGUAAUAUUGUUACUGUACAUACAUGUAUACAAAUACAUAUAAAUAAAACUUAAUACUAGUA